AUGUGUUUUUCUGCUGCAAAGUGGAAAAGAGAAAAGGUUCAAGACCACAAGUUUGACUUUGUGGACGUAAAUGAAUUCAAAGAAAGAAGCUUUAUCAGAAGGAUAAAAUAUUCCUUCGUAUUUAUGGUCGUGCUAAAGUCUGUCCUCGUUUACAUAGCCGACCUGUGGACAGCAGGCAUCUUACUCAUCUUUAACGACUGGAGUUCGGCUGUAAAACCAAAAGUACCCAUUUACAUUUCAAAAUGGAUUUUCUUGGGUUGUAUAUUUAUGAGUUUCGCACUAUUGGCCUGGGACAUGAAAAAGGCACGCAGUAUCAUUCAGUCGAAAGACAUAUCAUACGCUUUCACAAGCACAAUAGCUUAUAGAUAUUAUACAUUACGCAGCUAUGCACAUUAUUGUUUCUUCUGUCAAAUUAAUAACUCCAAAAAGUUAAGAGACGAAAUUGCAUUCUUUGUGUUUUUCGCAUUCAAGGGAUGGAAACGAUUAGUCUUUGCUGAAGCACCGCGACAAGCAAUCAACGCAUUUACCCUCUACUCUAUUCUGCAAUCGAAGAAAUUCUCUUUGAAUUACAACGCUUACGGUGACAACCUUGUGCAAAGAGCUGCUAUGAUUUUAAUGGCCUUCCCUUUGUUGAUAUUUGUCGCCGAAGCCACUAGACUUGUCAUCGCCUUUCUUCUUUACAUUCCCCUGUUAUGUCAUAUAAGAGGAAACUUGAAAGAAUAUUGUUGUCACAUGAUCGAUAAAAGAAUCGGUGAACUCCUCCGUUUGAAAUCUAGGAAGCGCAUUCAGAAGCUGAAAGAAGAAGCGACAGCAGACAAAGUUCUUGGCAACAACAAAGUCACUGCAAAAGUCAAACAAGAUCCAAGUGCCUUCCGUCAGCCAACCCUGCCAACAGUUGCUUUGUUCGAAUCUAAUCAACUCCCACCAUAUGGAGCAACUCCUCCACCGCCAUAUCCACCAUCGCAAUCGCCAAUGUUCGAUGAUCACAGGACGAAAUCACCAGAUCCAUAUAGCGUUGCAGGACGACCAGGAAUGGGUCCACGUCCACAUGCUGCUGGACAGCGUCAACAGUUCCUAGGCAGACGAAACAGCGGCGAAUCGAUGUAUUCCGAGACGACAACAUAUACGGCAUUUUCAUCGUCAUCAGGAUAUGCUCAAUCACAGGCAGGAGGAAUGUAUCCAUUGCCCCCAGGCGCCCGUGCCGGUGACCGAAUACCAGGCCCACAACCCAAGAGAAGUUAUGGAAAUCUGGCAGCUGCACAGGCUGCCAUAUCCAACCCGCGAGAGCAGCAACGUCUUCAACCACAGCAACUCGAUUAUGACGAUGAUCCUUAUGGCGGUACAAUAGAUGAUUAUUCAGAAUAUGGUGAUGGAGUGCCAGAAAUACCAAGAAAUGAUGUUAACCCCAAUGUGGCUAUGCUUGGAAGACCCAACCAGCCUUACAUUGCUGCUCCAACUCCAAUAAGAACGCCAAACAUGUACAAUAAUACACAAGCGCCUGUCGGAUACGACGAUUUUAAUUACCGCCCUCCACCAGGACCUCGCUCUGGAUCACCUACACCUUCAGUGGGAUCGAAUAGUUCUCGGGGAGGUGGACGUGUAAAUCAAAUGGUGCCAUCACGGUAUCAACAAGGAGACCGGGCACCAAAAUACAAUAACUAUACUCAACAGGGCGGCAGACGUGGAGCCGGUGGUGGUAUACAUUAA